UAAUGUUUUGAAGGCGGUGAAAACGCUGGUAGAUCGUCUUCUGUGCUUAUUUUCAACGUACACUGAUAGAGGGCAAUGAACAUGGGCCUGAACUGAAAGCAGAGCUGCUAUGCUGCCCUUUACCAAAAUAAAUCUUUGUUAGAAGGACUUCUAAAGCCUUGGCAGGCUGGAGUCGUGGAAAAUGGAAGACCAUGAGGAGCCUGAAAGGUGUCACAGUGUUGAAAAAGGCUCUUGGGCUGAGCUGAGGAAUGUGGUUUGUGAUUUACGUCGCCAGUUAUCAAGUUUAUCAGCAAUGGUGCCGGGUUCUGUGUCAUUUAGGACCUUACCUGAUGGAAGGACACGCAUCUAUUUCUUAAGCACUCCUGUAAAUGGAUGGGAAACAACAUUACUUUAUGCAGAUGUAAUGAAUAGUGACCAUCACACAGGAUCACAUCGUCUGCAGUGGCUUCCUGUAAUAGAAGCAAAUUUCCAGAGCCUUUCAAGUGUCACAAGUGGGUUCUCACGUGAAGAACAGAUGCUUUGGGAGCGCAAGAGGUUGGCGGCAUGGGGAAUCACUUCAUAUGAACUCCACCAAGAGUCAGGGAAACUAGUCUUUCCAGCGGCUAGCAGUCUGUUCCAGUGUCUCGAUACUGGAUAUAUGAAUGGACCCUUGUUUCCAGCUGAACUGCGCAUGAAUUCAUGUGGAGCAAAGCUUAACCCUCAGAUAUGCCCUUCCAACCCUGAUCUCAUAGCUUAUGUGUGUAAUAGUGAUAUUUGGGUAUCACAUGCACUAACAGGAAGCACGUUAAGGCUGACAUUCGCUCACAAAGGUGGCCGCAGUCUAGCAGACGACCCUCUAAGUGCUGGAAUCCCAUCUUAUGUGAUGCAGGAAGAAUUCAACAGAUAUCAAGGUUAUUGGUGGCAACCAAAAAGUAUUGAUGCUAUGUAUCGAAUUGUUUAUGAAGAAGUAGAUGAGAGUGAUGUUAAAAUAUUCUGUUUUCCAUCUUCAAAUGCAGAUCUUGGAGAACUAGAGGAAUUUAGGUUCCCGCGUGCUGGCACACCUAACUCUAAAUCUAAUCUGAAGAUGGUACAGUUUAGACUGAAUGAGAAUAUGCAAAUUAUGGACAUAGAUACAUUAGAACUGCAAUAUCCGCUUUCAGUCAUGUUUCCAUGGAUGGAGUACUUGGUUAGAGUAGGUUGGACACCAAAUGCAGAGCACAUUUGGGUGCAGCUUUUGGACCGAAGACAGCAGAGACUGGAGUUGGUACUUCUGUCUGUUGAUAAUUUUACAGAACCUCCACCCAACAUUUACAAUGUAGAGAACAACCUGAACCCACCCAUGCCUGCCGUCCAGGUUAUAUAUACGCAGCACACAGACAUUUGGAUCAAUGUGAAUGAUCUGUUGUACUUCUUCCCCACAAACGACAACAGUGAGAUGAGAUUUGUGUGGGCAAGCGAGGAGACUGGUUUCCGACAUCUUUACUUGAUCACGGCACAGGUGUCCGGACUGAGCAAUGGAGUGGAGGAGACGCUGGAGCGUAUGGAAAGUGUAUUUCUACAACCACGUGUUGGCCAGAAAGUGGCACUAACAUCAGGCGAGUGGGAAGUUCUGGAUCGUUCUGUAUGGGUUGAUCCAGAUCGUCAGUUGGUGUACUUUCUGGGGCUUAGAGAGUCUCCAUUGGAGAAGCAUUUGUAUGUGGUGUCCUUAAGGAGGCCAGGUGAAGUUAGACUGCUAACUCACCCUGGCUACUCAUAUACUGUGGACUUCAAUAAGGAGUGCACCAUGCUUGUGGCUGUGUACAGUAAUGUCCAGAAGUUGCCGACAUGUCAAGUAUUCCGAAUAUCGCAUACGGACUGGACUGUGGAGGGCAUAACACUCAUACCUGUUGGAUACUUAUUAGAACCAUCUGUUCCAGAAGGUGAAUUUUACUACCCAGAACUGUAUACUCAUCAGAUCUCAUCAGGGGAUAUCCUGUAUGCCAUGGUGUUCAAACCUCACUGCUUCCAGCCUGGAAACAAGUACCCAACUGUUCUCAACAUAUAUGGGGGCCCUGAAGUACAGUUGGUAUCCAAUACUUUCAAGGGAAUGCGCCAGUUAAGAAUGCAUAUGUUAGCUGCUCAGGGUUACUGUGUAGUGGCCAUUGAUUCACGAGGGUCACAACACCGGGGUCUGGAAUUUGAAAGCUAUUUACGAGGAAGAAUGGGCACAGUGGAACUUGCUGAUCAGAUAGAGGUACUGCAGUGGCUGGCAGAUAGCCUUGGUUUUAUAGACAUGAAUCGUGUUGCCAUUCAUGGCUGGUCCUAUGGUGGCUAUUUGAGUCUCAUGGCACUUGCUCAGCAUCCUGAGAUCUUCAAGAUUUCUAUAGCUGGGGCACCUGUAACAAAUUGGACACUGUAUGAUACAGGCUACACAGAGAGGUACAUGGAUCUCCCCGAGAACAAUGCACAUGGGUAUCGGACAGGAUCCAUACUCAAUUAUGUUAACCAGUUCCCAGAUGAUGAAAAUCGUCUCUUGAUAAUUCAUGGACUGAUUGAUGAGAAUGUUCACUUUUUCCAUACUAGCCAAUUUAUUGCUGCUAUGGUUAAAGCUGGAAAACCCUAUCAAUUGCAGGUGUACCCAAAUGAAAGACACAGCCUCCGCCACUUGGAUGCCAGCAAGCAUUAUGAAACAACACUUCUUUCCUUUCUCCAGAACCACUUAUAGUGCAAGAACAUUUGAGUGCACUGCCCCCUUUUUAAUACUGCAAUAUUGCAAUGGUAUUUUCUGCUGUGCAGCAAAUAUCCAGUCCUACAUCCCAUAUUGCAGUGUUGUGUAAUUAUAUUUAUGUUUCCUUUGUGAAGGAAAGUAUUACAGUUUUCUGGGUGGUUGUCACAGUAGCCAUCAAGUAAACUUUGUGAAUAAGUGCAAUCAUCAUUUUCAGAUAGACUUUUUUAAAACAAAUUUUUUCCUGUUUAUACUAUAACUUGUGUUGCAAUUAUUAUGAUAAUGACCUAUGACUGAACUGAUAGACCCAACUUCGAAGCUUAAUUAAAAUAAUUGAAAAUGUUGCCAUUUGUCUUGUCUUUCCAGUUUUAAAUUUGUAUAUUUCGCCACAUACAUAUGAUAUUGUUACUAACAUAGUAUGAAUGUUGAGGUUAGUGUUGUAAACAUUAGGAAAGCAAAAGAGGAUGAGUAUCUCUUUUUUAAUUUAAUAUUUGAUCAUGCAGUGUAAAGUCAUAAUAUUUGUGAUUUUAUGUAAAAAGAAUAAUUUUAUAUUGUGCUCAUCUAAUCAUUUUGUAACUUUAAGGGGAAAUAGCUCCAUUGUUCUAAUUUCCAUUUGUUACUGUACAGAAUGUUAAAACCAUUAAUUUACAAAUGUACUUGAAGUCCAACAUGUAAAAUGGAUGACAGAAAGAUGUGUUCUGACCGAAGUCCAAAAAACAAAGACUAGGGAAAUGAACACAAGAUAACCAUAAUUAAUUUGUUGAGUUAAUGUCUUCAGUGAAAUGAUUCUGCUGACUCACUUGGUUUGUGUACAUUUCCACGUCUUCUGCUUAUUUAUGUAGUUCAUUUUAAAUGUAUAGAUAUAAUGAGAUCCUUCUAGGUAA